AUGCUGAUAAUAUUCAGGAAUACCGAUUUUGCAGAGUACCUUUCGGUGUCAUCAGCAUGUCCGUUUCUACUGGGAGCUAUUGUAGAUUACCAUUUAAAAUCUUACAACGAUGAAAUCGCAGAAAAGCUAAGAAACAACAUAUAUGUAGAUAAUGUUAUAUCUGGAGCCGAAAAUACAAGUGAAGCUAUUAAGUUGUACACAACAUCGAAAUCGAUGUAUGCAGAAGCGUCCAUGAAUUUAAGGGAAUGGAUAACGAAUAGCGAGGUGGUUAAUGAGUUCAUUCCGAAAGAGGACAGAGCAUUCACUAACUCAGUAAAAGUUCUUGGACAUUGCUGGAAUGUCAAAGAAGAUACGAUAAAUUUGUCAAAGCCGAAGGCCGUGUUGGAUCAGCAAGAGUGGACAAAACGUAGCGUGUUAAAAUGUAUUGCUUCCGUCUUUGAUCCACUUGGGUUACUUUCGCCAGUACUCUUACGAGGAAAAGUGCUUCUACAAUCGUUAUGGCAGAAAAAUCAUGAUUGGGACGAAGAAAUAAGUACUGAAGAUCAAAUGAAAAUGUCCGAUAUUUUAUUAGACAUCAACAAGAUAGACACAUUUCAUAUACCAAGGAAGGUUUGUGAACUUCAUGGAACAGUAACGUAUUCCUUGUUGUGUUUCUGUGAUGCCUCAGAGAAAGCAUAUUCUGCGGUUAUAUAUCUGCACACACAUCAAGCUCAAACUUCCAUUGUAAAUAUGGUGUUUUCCAAGACACGUCUUACGCCAGUGAAGAAAAUAACGAUUCCGGGGUUGGAACUACUAGCGGUUGUGAUCGGACUAAGAUGUUUAAAAUUUGUAAGAGAUCAAAUUAGAGUACCAGUCGCUCAAAAUUAUUUGUGGACAGAUUCAAAAUGCGUACUACAAUGGAUUACAUCACAAAAGAAAUUAUCAGUGUUUGUGAAAAACAGAGUCACAGAAAUUAAAGAACACAGUAACGUAAACUUGUCAUAUAUUCCUACGAAGGAGAACCCUGCAGAUGUGGCUUCUAGGGAGACAACGCUAGAAAAAUUGAAAUCUAACACUACGUGGUGGUAUGGUGCAAAGUGGUUGCUGGAACCAAUGCCCGAUUGGCCAGUAUACAGUGAUCAACAAAGUGAUAUUACUGAAGAGGAGAUAGAAGAAGUAUUACAAACAGAAGAGAAAAGCAACAAAGAAACAAUGUUAGUGCAAUUGACCAAUGUUGACAAUACAGAAAGGGCAAGUAAUCCGCCAUUUGAUAUUGACAGUAACAAAUAUUCUUCUGUAACUCGUCCAACAAGAGUUACCGCGUUAGUUUUACGCUUUGUGCGGAAACUAAAAAAAAGUGUCGUGUAA